AUUCCCGUGGCUCUGGGCAUGCUCAUUUAUGGCAGAAGCCAUAUUGACCUUUGGUUGUCAGUGGUCCCUACGAGAAAAAUUGACUGAAAAUCACUAACCGAGGCAUUUUAUUGUCAUAUCUAUCGAAUUUCGUUAAGUUGGUAAAUUGGUUUUGAUAGACGAUUUCUUACGAAACGUCUACUCAUGCAGCAUCGUCUCCAAUUUAAGCUUGUAAUAUGCGCGACAUAGUUUGCUUGAAUUCAUGGCGUUGGUUUUCAAGUCAAGUGGCAGUUAACGCGGAGAAUUAGUGAUGUUAACAGUUACAACACUUGUAACAGAAAGGAUUCCAUAAUACAGAUCUGUGUUGACAAUAAUACAAAUUAGGCAGAAUGGGAGCAUUUUUAGACAAACCAAAGACAGACAAGCACAAUGAGGGAGGAGUUGGGAACACCCUGCGAUAUGGCCUCAGCAGCAUGCAGGGCUGGAGGGUGGAGAUGGAGGACGCACACACCGCCAUCUUGGGGCUGCCCUAUGGACUGAAGCAGUGGUCUUUCUUUGCUGUCUUUGAUGGGCACGCUGGUGCUAAAGUCUCAGCAACAUGUGCAGAGCAGCUAUUGCAGGAGAUAGUCUCUAAUGAUGAUUUUAAGGGAAAAUUGGAGUUAAAAGAGGGCACAGAGAUCCAACCAUCUCUAGAAGACGUCAACAAGGGAAUUAAGACAGGGUUCCUUCAGCUGGACGAGAAGAUCCGGGGAAUGCCAGAGAUGGUGAGCGGCGAGGAUAAAAGUGGGUCAACUGCUGUCUGUGUCAUCGUUUCACCUCAGCAUGUAUUUUUUGCCAACUGCGGAGAUUCACGAGCAGUGCUCUCUCGUGGUGGCAAAUGCCAUUUCACUACCUGUGAUCAUAAACCAAUCAACCCUGCAGAGAAGGAGCGCAUUCAGAGGGCAGGGGGCAGUGUGAUGAUUCAAAGGGUCAAUGGUUCCCUGGCUGUAUCAAGAGCUUUAGGAGACUUUGAAUAUAAAAACGUACAGGGAAUGGGUCCCUGUGAACAAUUGGUGUCCCCUGAGCCAGAAAUUUCUGUGGAACCCAGGAGCGACAAAGAUGAAUUUUUGGUGCUGGCUUGUGAUGGGAUAUGGGAUGUAAUGAGUAAUGAUGAACUUUGUGAUUUUGUUAGGAGCAGAAUGAGAGUUACAGACAGUUUGGAGAUGAUCUGUAACAUGGUGGUGGAUACUUGUCUUCAUAAGGGUAGCCGAGAUAAUAUGAGUAUUGUCAUAGUAGCUUUUGAAGGAGCGCCCCGACUCUCAGAGGAAGCAGUUAAACAAGAUCAGGAUUUGGAUGCAAAAAUAGAGGCAAAAAUUAAAGAAAUAAUAGCACAGCCAGACAUGGCCGAGGCAGACUUACCCUACAUAAUGCACAUGCUUAACGAGGAAAUGGACGGAUUCCCACCAGGAGGGGGUAUCACCUCAAAGAGAAGUACAAUAGAAAGCAUAUUAAAGAGACUGCGACCUUCCACAACAGAAGAUGAAGACCGAGGCUAGACAGACAAGAAGGAAGACUGAAGGUUUCUCAAGUACCAGUGACCGAGUGAUUUCAUUUAGAUCUACAUGUUCUAACAUUUCGUACUUGCUCAAUUACACCUUUGUCUGGAGGUUUCCUUGAUUAAACAUUGAUCUAUAGUCAGACUAAAAGUCACUGAUAAACUGAAUUGAAUGGACAGUUGCAUUGUAAUACUGGAACUCUUCAGGUUCACACAGUGGUGAAUUUACAGCUGAUUGUCAAAUGUUGAACUUGUUAUAUUCUUACAAAUGUUUAUUUAGUGGAAAUUCUGGUAAUCCCCACUGUCUUUGGUUGCUAUCGGUAUGUUUCUCUCGGCGGGGAGCAGUUGUUGUCCUUAGUUUGGUAUGUGUGUGAGAGAGAGAGAGAGCGUGCCUGUUUGCGGUUCUCAGGCUGGGUGUGUGAGCUGUGUUUCUAUACCAGUGUACAUGUUGUUCUGAAAUGUCAUGUUUUUCAUAUCGCAUAUGUAUAUAUAUUAUAACGGCUCCUUCAUGCAAGGUAUACACAAGUGUUUACCCCGGGCCCGGGCAACCUUGGUUACAUAUUUGUUUAUGUCUUCACAACGAUUCAGGACUAAUUCUGUAAGCAAAAUAUGAUUUCAAAUUGUUUGCCAUGGUUAAAAUGUAUUGAUACCAAAGUAAUAACAAUCUUUUUUCUGUAAUUUUUUUUUUGUUCAGUUUUUAUUGUGUUAAAUUUCAGUAUUUAUGUUCUGCUUCUGUAACAUGACUUCUUGGCAGAACUUGCCCGUCUGCUUUUGUCAAACAUACUGACCUAGUGCUAUAUUUGAUGGACUUUUUGUUGUUGUUUAUAUCAGAUAGUAUAUUGAAUGCAAACUUGAUGAUAAUUGAUAGAUAACCUACCAAAAUUGUUGUUGCGUGUUUACUACUGUAUAAUGGAUUUCUACUGUAGCAAUACAUGGUAUCAGACAUGAACUGAGUUACCCCCCCUUGCUAUGCCCCUGUUUGGAUUUUGUUAGAUAGUCUUCACUGCUUAUUGUUCCAGUGAGGGGGCCCCGGCCCGUCCUCAGCCCGCUCGAGGGGGCCACUUGAGGCUCAUCAUCAAAUAAUGCAGCAUUCUGUAGUCAGCCCGUCGUUGACAGGAUAAUCUAGGAACAACGUUAAUUCAGUUUUUAUUAUAUCAUAGUUAAUCAUAAUUUUCUCACCUUACUCUUUGUAUAGAAUAUUUCUUUAGCUCUCGGUUAUAGCGGCAUGGUCAUGAUUUUACCUGAAAAUUUCAAAUUUUAUUUGUCACUUUUAAUGUUUACCAUUGCUUUAUUUGGGUAUAUUAAAUGCUCAGCCCAAUUCUGUUUCAAGGAGAUGUUUUCUACUUGCUUGUUCACUAUGAAUACAAUAAAUACAAAAAGGUAAACAGUUUCUACUGUUUGUCACAUUUAGUUGUGUUUUAAACCUAGCACUCGGUAUGUAAACCAAAAUAUUGAACAAGAUGUGUUUACACAACAAAACUGUGAGCUCUGUAUCUUUGCCUAUAUCUCAACAACUGGCAAUCAAAGUUUUGUUGACCACUGGAAAUACUUUAAUGAAGCAUUUUAAACAUUUAAGUGGAAAAAUAUAAUUCAAAAACUUUCAGCUCAAAUCUUGACCAUGCCAUUUUAACAGAGGCCUUUAUUAAUUUGACUUGAUUAUUGUGCAAUUGUUCAUUUCUGAUUUCUUCUCCUUUUUAGUGAUUAUUGAAAGGAUUACUGUUGAUUGCUGACAAAUUGUAUCUUUUUUAUAUUUAUCCCUUUUUUCAUUUAUGAAUUGCUAUUAAAUCUGAAAUAAAUGAUUUAAUUUUUGUUUUGCAUAAUAUGUCAGUGCAAUGACUGAAUUUGUUGGUUUUACUAAAAGAGGGGAUAAUGAUCAAACCUAAAAUUCCAUAGAUGCACAUCAGAGUCCAGGUAAAUGACACCUUCAGGUACAUUCCGAUGAUCAAAUGAUGAAAUGUGUACAGAUUGCUUGUGUAGUACUAGUUACAUAUUUAUAUUUUAUGGAAGCCACACACUUGUUGAAUGGAGAAAGUUUUGAAUAGGGCAAUGUAUAUUAAACAAGUAUAUUUUUGUUUCUGUAAAAGUCUUUGAGAGACGUGUAUCUUUGUGUAUGAACCUAGAAGAGGGUCAGAUGACGGGUGUCCAGUAUUAGAUUGGUGUGUAUCAGUAGAGAGAUGUCCGCUAGAUUCUGUUCCUUUGUGUCUGUUAUCAUUUCUGUAGUGACAUGUCUCAGCUCUAGAACAAUAUGCCAAUAAAACUGAAAUAUUC